CGACGAACAGUCGGCCUCGAGCUUCAGUCGGCGCGCGCGCAACCUCCCGCACUCCGGUGAAAGGCCGCAUGACUCACAACAACGCCAGACAUGAACGAGUACGUAGAGUACGACUGGAGACUGCAUCAGAUGCAGAAUGAACGCCUCUGCGGCGCAUCCAGGAAACGCCUCACAGACGGAGACAGGCAGCGGGCGCUCGAUGGACUCAAAGAAGCGGUUGACUCGAGUCUCAACCUCGCGCUGCGCGACAAAAGCCGAUGUCAGGACGACAGCUUUCUGCGACGGUUCCUGUACGCUCGGAAACAUGAUGUGCAACAGAGUUUUGAGCUGCUCGUGAACUAUCAUCAAUAUCGCCGAGAGCAUCCGGACUUGUGGGCCUCACCUGACGGUGGCGUGCUCCGUGCGCUAGCGGAUGGAUUGCCAGGUGUUCUCAUAGAACGUGAUCGACGAGGGCGUUGUGUACUAGUUAUGUUCGCGGCAAACUGGACUCCCCACGCGUGUCCGCUGUUAUCCGUGUUCCGGGCUUUGUUAUUAACAUUAGAACGAACGCUCGACGAUGUUCAAAACCAAGCGAACGGAUAUGUUAUCAUUGUUGACUGGACUGAGUUUACGUUUAAACAAUCGUGCAGCUUGCAAGCGAAAACGUUGAAAAUGAUGAUUGAUUGCCUACAAGACUGUAUGCCUGUACGUUUCAAAAGUAUUCACUUUAUUGGACAGCCCUGGUACGUGGAAACCGCUUUAGCUGUUGUUAAACCAUACUUAAAGGCUAAAACAAGGGAAAGGAUAGUGUUACAUGGAAAUAAUUUAUCAACGCUUCACGAUUCCUUACCGUUGGAUAUCCUUCCCGCUGAAUUAGGUGGAGAAGGACCGUCGUAUAACUCAGAACUUUGGUUGCAAGAGUUCUGUAGAUCAGAGAAUAUUGGAACAUCGAUUUCUCAAGCGCCACCGUUGGUUGUCAAGGACAAAGAUGUACCGGCAGGGAAAGUAGAUAAAGCAUAUAAACAGAAGGAUAAUGGAAACUUUUCUUUUAAUUGUAAUGAAAAGAGUGCAAAGUCAGAGCUAUUGCGUGACAAAGAUUGAUAUUAAUUUUUAGUGUUGUGCAUCUUAUUGGGGCGUGUCGAUCGCCGCUCCACUUCGGUGCUACCUUUUGUGAUAACGUGCGCGCUUAAAUUUAGGACACAAAGUGAAUACGAGUGACUGUUUCAUUUAUUAUUACAAGCUGUGUGAUGGAAUGAAAUCAUCAAAUAAAAAGGGCAUUUAAUCGACUCGAGACUAGUUGUUUCGUGGUUGACAAAUUGUUAAUUUACUUUUGUGACAGAAGUGGAAUACGUCUCUUUUUGGUUAAAUACUCUAAGUUUAAUUGUGAUCCAAUUACACAUUGGCCUUGCUUUUCGCGAACGCAUUCGAUAAAAUGUACUCUUUGUUAGUGGGUGACGCAUCCCUCAUAUAAAACUGACUGGAGCGCAUCGUAAUGCACAUAACGGUAAACAGUUCUCAAUACGAACUAUCCGAGUUAACAUCUGUGACAGAAUCCACUUCAAACAACUUUUGUAUCUCAUUUAAUUUAAUCAUUUGUAUUUAUUUAUAAAUUAACAUUAGAGAUAGAUGAAAAAUCUCAUUAAUAUAAUGCUGUAAGGUUAUGACAAUAAUUAGAACUGUACGCUUUAAAUAUUUUUCGAGGCUUAAAGCAUUUAUUAAUGUUAAGUGAUUGUACAAAGGAACUAUUUUUGAUUAAGAUUAUUAACUGACGACCUCUGAUGUCCGCUGAGGACUGUUGAGGUUGUACCGGCACAAAUCUUGAGCGGUAUGCGACAUUAAAGUCUAUUGUGGCAGGUCUAUUGUGUAGACUUAGUGUCGACAUUAAAUUAUUCAGUCUCCGUAAUUUAAAUCCCAAUUUUAUGACACUUUUCAAAUUUGUUGCUCACCCAAAUACUCGAAGUAUUAGCAAAGUACUAGAUUUUCAGUUACUUUUGUAUAAGUAAAGCCACAGGUAAGGUCCAACCAUCAAUUGAGCCUCAAACCCGUUAUUCGGUAGCUCCGAAUCUGCAAAUAUAAUUUUCAGUUUACUUGAAUAUAAUAUUACAAAAGAUAUUGCUCUUGUUCUAAGAAUAAAUGCAAUUGUAUGCUCUCUUAAGACUACGAUGUUGACAUUCAGCUGGCCCAUUGUUAUCAUAACAAUAAUAGAUGUAACUUACAAUGUAAUUAUUCUUUUUAUAACCUAAAGAUACUCAUGAUGUCUGUAAAUAAUAUUUUUGAAUGAAUUCAUCAAACACAUUGUAAUGUUUGCUUUGAUCGCUUAGACAAUUAAGGUGAUUUAUUAUAAUAUAAUAUUUGAAUAAUA